ACCUCCCGCUCGGUGAAUUCGAUCACAGUAAUUAUUGCAGAGCGGAGAAAGAAAAAUAAGGAGAAGUAAGAGAUAUAUAGAGCGAGAGAGAGAUUUAGAGUGAGAGAGAGAAGAAGAAGAAGCAAGAACUGCAUCUGUGGUGAGAUACAGAGAUACAGAUAGAGACAGCACUUCAAAUAACGAAGGAAGAAGAAGAAGAAGAAGAAGAAGGAGGAGGAGGAGGAAGAUAAGCACAACCCGACAAAGAAAUCAGAAUCAGUUAACCUUCGCUGAGAAAAUUGAGGUGAAGAGUUUUUCGCCACUUUAAUGUCCGAAUCAGCCAAACAUUUCUUGUUUUUUGGGUUUGGAUAAGGGAAAGGGAAGAAAUCUACGUUGAUAUCUGAAGGUGGAAAAAUGUACGGAGAUUGUCAAGUUCUUUCCUCCAUGGGAGGGAAUGCAAUUCCUUCGGAUAAUUCUCUUUACAGCUCCCCAAACCCCGUCCAGAAUAACCCUAAUUUUAAUUUCAUGUCUUCCAUCAAUCCUUUCGGCAUCUUUUCUCAAUCUGUGACAAAAGAAGAAAGUGCAAUAGGCAAGGGGAAAGAGGAAAUGGAAAGCGGCGGUUCAGGAAGUGAGCCGGCGGCGGAGAUCGAUCAGGACACGGAGGAGCAGCCGCCGCCGAACAAGAAAAAGCGCUACCACCGCCACACGGCGAGGCAGAUUCAAGAAAUGGAAGCGAUGUUUAAGGAAAAUCCACACCCAGACGACAAACAGCGUCAGCGACUCAGCCAGGAGCUCGGCCUUAAGCCCCGUCAGGUCAAGUUUUGGUUCCAGAACCGGAGAACCCAAACCAAGGCUCAACAAGACAGGCAAGACAACGUUGUUCUAAGGGCAGAGAAUGAGAAUAUGAAGAAGGAGAAUUAUCGUCUGCAAGUGGCGUUAAGGAACAUCUCAUGCCCUAACUGCGGCGGUCCGGCGAUGUUAGGCGAGAUGGGGUACGACGAGCAGCAGCUUAGGAUUGAAAAUGCUCGUCUUAAGGAGGAGCUGGAUCGAGUGUGCUGCCUUGUUGCACCGUAUGCAGACAGGCCGCCAAAUCCACUCCUGGAAUCUUCCCUGGAUUUGGACAUGGCUGCCUAUUCAGCAGGAAAAGUGCUCGAUCAUCAAGAUCCUGUCACUAGCUGCCCUAAUUCGAAUGAUCAGAUGAUGCCUCUACCUUUCCUGCCUGAAAACUCCCAAUUUCCGGGAGCUAACGAGUGUCUGAUAAUGGAGGAGGAGAAGACAGUCGCAUUGGAGCUUGCAGCAUCUGCCAUGGCGGAACUCAUAAAAAUGCAACACACAGGUGAACCCCUCUGGAUUCCCAUCGACGACGGCUCAGGUAGACCCGCUGAAAUGCUCAACAUCGACGAGUAUUCUAGAAUGUUCUCGAAUGUCCUCAAGCUCCAGGCUGAAGUUGGGCUCAGGACAGAAGCAAGUAGAGACACUGCAGUGGUUAUAAUGAACAGCAUUACCUUGGCUGAUGCAUUCAUGGAUGCUAAUAAAUGGAUGGAGCUGUUCCCUUGUAUAAUUUCAAGAGCCAGAACACUUCAAGUAGUUCAUCAAAAUGCCUCUGGACAAGCAGAUGGAUGCCUUCUUCUGAUGUUUGCAGAAGUGCAGUUUCUUUCCCCUCUAGUGGCAACAAGAGAGGCUCAUUUUCUCCGGUACUGCCGCCACAACGCCGACGAAGGUAGCUGGGCAAUUGUCGAUUUCCCCCUCGACGGCCUCCACGCCGCCGUCUACCCUCCUUCAUUUCCCUAUUACCACCGGCGACCCUCCGGCUGCAUCAUCCAAGACAUGCCUAAUGGAUACUCCAGGGUGACAUGGAUAGAACAUGCCGAGGUCGAAGAUGGUCCGAUCCACCAUGUCUUCCAUCAUUUAGUGACGAGCGGCGCCGCCUUCGGAGCUCGCCGUUGGUUAGCCAUUCUCCGGCGCCAAUGCGAGAGCCUUGCUAGCCUAAUGGCGCGUAGCAUCUCCGACCUCGGAGUGAUUCCAUCUCCGGAAGCAAGAAGGAAUCUGAUGAAUCUGGCGGAGAGGAUGAUGAUGACUUUUUGUGGCAACAUUUCGGCCUCGUCGGGGCAGUCGUGGAUGGCACUGUCCCAUUGCGACGACGACGACACUGUCAGAAUAACUACGAGGAAAGCCAUUGAUCCUAGUCAGCCUAAUGGCCUCAUUCUCAGCGCUGUCUCCACCACUUGGCUGCCUUAUCAACACGCCCGUGUCUUCGAUUUCUUGAGGGAUGAAAAGCGUAGAGUUCAGCUGGAAGUUCUUUCGACUGGGAAUUCCUUGCAAGAAGUUGCCCACAUCGCUAACGGCUCCCAUCCCGGAAACUGCAUUUCCCUUCUCCGAAUCAACGUUUCCAGCAACUCAUCGCAGACGGUGGAGCUGGUGCUGCAGGAGAGCAGCUCCGACGAGUCCGGGAGCAUGGUCGUGUACUCCACCAUCAACGUCGAUGCGUUGCAGCUAGCGAUGAACGGUGAGGAUCCUUCCUGCAUUCCUCUCCUCCCCUUGGGAUUCAUCGUCGUCCCGUCGCCGAAGCCCGCCGCCGAUCACCCCGCCCACUCCGGCAGCCUGCUGACGGUGGGGCUCCAAGUUCUCGCCAGCACCUCCCCAACUGCCAAACUGAACAUCUCCAGCGUGGCAGCCAUUAACCAGCACUUAUCCAGCACCGUCAAGCAAAUCGGCGCCGCCCUGGAAAAUGCUGCGGCGGCGGAUACCCCGCCGGAAAUGGCGAAGAUCAGAGUUAACGACGAUCCUGCUGCAGGGACUUCGAGUCCCUCCUCGCUGCUCUGA